CUUUUGGAAGCCAGAUUAUAAAAUUAUGAAGCAAAGCAUAUAUCUUUUCCCUGCAGAUGCCAUUGUUAUAAAACACAUGGCCAUUCGUUCUGUUCAAUUCAUUCAACAAAACCAUAUUGAAUUUUCGUAAGAAUGGAGCUCGAGUUGGGACUGAAGUUUGAUAGGGUUGUCGAUGAUUUCUCAUCAACUGAUUUUAAAAUUGCUAAAGAUCGUGCUGGUCCAGUUUUCUUGUCCAGAGAGACAGAUUUCAUGUUUAUCCUCACCGCUCAUCUCAAAGGUUAUAGGAAACGAAACAUAAAGAUGGACAUAAACGAGGAUGGGACACUAAUUACAAUAGCAGGUGAAAAGCAUGUCCAGGAGACAGUAUUUGUGCAUUGGAAAAUGUACAAGAAAGAUACUGAGAUUAAGGGAUUCAAGAAGGUUUUCAGAAUCCCUGAUGAAGUGAUUUUGGACAAAAUUGAGGCAAAUUUUGAUGAAGAUGAAUCCAUUUUAACAAUUUCAAUGCCAAAGAAGGUUAGAGGAAUUCGCGGGACUGCCAUUGAGGAAGUUAAGGAUCAGAGUGCAAUUGAACAGGGCCCUGAAAAUUUGCAAAAUGUGGUUGAAGAAAUCCCUGAAAAUGAUCGAACUGAUAAAGAACCAGAAAUUUCGACCAAAAAAGAUGGAGAUCAAUCUGCUGAAGAAACCAAAACGACAGAAGAAUUGAAAAAUCAGGUACAUAAAAAUGAAGAAGUACGUAAUGGUGCUGAACCGUCGGGUCUAAAGCAGUUGGUAAACAAGGAUCGGCAAGAAGAAGAAAAUGAAAAUAGGAUUCAAGAAGAAGACGAAGUGUCUCCUGUAAUAAAACAGGCUGAAGAAUCUGAACCUGGAAAAACACAGGAUAAGCCUAAUGGAAAAAGAUGCAAUAAAAUGUGUCUUCCUGUUGUUGCAGGAUCAGCUUUGAUUCUGUCAUUUGUAGUAUUUGUUAUUCAAAUGAUUAGAACAAAACAUCAAGAGAGCAAGAAAAGAAAUUGAAUUAUAGGAACGUUAUUGUAUUUGUUUGUCUUAGGUUUUGCAGUCUGCAGUCCUGUUAGAAUUUGUAAGACGUGUCUAGAAUAUUUAAGUUGUCGUUUCUUAUUUUA